AUGUCGUACCAACCGUACAAUCCCAAUGGGCAUGGCUCCAACGCGAACAGCGACCCCUUUGAAGAUAGCCACCACUCCAACCUCAUCGAUUUGGAUGCGAGAGAGAACCCCUAUGGGGGCGACGUACAGCGAGCCGAUGGAUCCACGCCAUACUCUCCGUUCAACCCAUCCACUACAAAUAACCACCUAACGACCCCGAAUCCGUUCAACGACGACUUCAACAUCUCAGACGAGGAUUUCGACUACGAUCAGGACACUUCUGACUACAACAUCCAUGGCCAGGCGCAACGUCGUCAGGUGCCUCUCUUGAACACAGACAACCAGUCCAAGCAGAACGGCGGCGGGUUGUUUGGCAGAUUCAACAACAAUAACGACGGCAUGUAUACCGGAAUGAACGAUACUAGCAGGAAUGAUGGAAGCUCAGACUUUGAUAUUCGUAAGAUCUGGCGUAAAUCCACCUCAAUCUUUAGAAGGAAGAAGCAGACACAGGCAGAGAUCGAUGCAGCAUUGGCAUUGAAGGGCCCAAGACAGAUUUAUAUCAUGAAUCAGCUGCUCAACUCUUCCUCCGGCUUCUAUGGCAACUACAUAUCCACAACCAAGUAUAACUUUGCCACUUUCAUACCCAAGUUUCUCUUCGAACAGUUCAGUAAGUAUGCUAACUUGUUCUUCCUUUUCACGUCUAUUAUCCAGCAGGUGCCUAACGUUUCGCCAACGAACAGAUACACCACAAUAGGGACGUUGUCCAUUGUGUUGCUUGUCUCUGCCAUCAAGGAGGUGCUGGAGGACUUAAAGAGAGCAGGUGCAGAUAGCGAAUUGAACAACACCAAGGUGCUAGUGUUGAACCCAGACGAUGGCACGUUCCAUCUAAAGAAGUGGAUUCAAGUUCAAGUUGGUGACAUUGUGAAAGUUGCCAAUGAAGAACCUUUCCCCGCGGAUCUAUUGAUCUUGAGUUCUUCAGAACCCGAAGGGUUGUGCUACAUUGAGACUGCAAACUUAGACGGUGAGACUAACUUGAAGAUCAAGCAAGCGAAACCAGAAACUGCAUACUUGGUCAACCCAAGAGACAUUGUUUCCGAUUUAUCAAGACUGGAAGUUAUGUCCGAACAACCAAAUAGUUCCUUGUAUACGUAUGAGGGAAACUUGAAAGGCUUAGGCUCAGCUGGUGAUAUUCCCUUCACUCCUGACCAGUUGUUACUUAGAGGUGCAACAUUAAGAAACACCCAAUGGAUUCACGGUGUUGUAAUUUUCACUGGGCAUGAAACCAAAUUGAUGAGAAAUGCCACCGCUACCCCAAUUAAGAGGACAGAUGUGGAAAGAAUUAUAAACCUUCAAAUUGUUGCCCUUUUCCUCAUCUUGAUUACUUUAUCGUUAAUCUCCACUAUUGGAAAUGUCAUCAAGAUCAGUGUCGAUAGUAAAAACUUGAGCUACCUUAUGCUUUCAGGCACCAAUAAAGUUUCGCUUUUCUUUUUAGACUUAUUGACCUACUGGAUUUUGUUCUCCAAUUUGGUCCCAAUCUCAUUAUUCGUUACUGUUGAAAUAAUCAAAUAUUAUCAGGCAUAUAUGAUUGGUAGUGAUUUGGAUAUGUACUAUGAAGAGACUGAUACACCAACAGGUGUGAGAACAUCUUCAUUGGUUGAAGAAUUAGGACAAAUUGACUACAUUUUCAGCGAUAAGACUGGUACAUUAACUAGAAACAUUAUGGAAUUUAAAAGUUGUACCAUUGGUGGUAAAUGUUAUAUUGAAGAGAUACCGGAAGAUGGACAAGUGCAAUUAAUGGAUGAUGGAAUUGAAAUUGGAUUUUAUAGCUUUAAAGAUUUGGAGAAUCAUUUAAAGGAUACCAAACUGCAACAAUCGGCUAUAAUCAAUGAAUUUUUUACUUUGUUAAGUACUUGUCAUACAGUUAUACCAGAAAUUAAUGAAUUUGACGGCAGUAUGAAGUAUCAGGCCGCUUCUCCCGAUGAAGGGGCGCUCGUCCAAGGUGCUGCUGAUAGAGGUUAUAAGUUCAUCAUUCGUAGGCCAAAGAGUGUUACUAUUGAAAGCAAGCUAACUGAACUACAAUCUGAAUAUGAAUUGUUGAAUAUUUGUGAAUUCAAUUCAACUAGAAAGAGAAUGUCAGCAAUUUUUAGAUGCCCAGAUGGAGUUAUUAGAUUGUUCUGCAAAGGUGCCGAUACUGUUAUCUUAGAGAGAUUGAGCACAAGUGAGGAGCAGCCAUUUGUAGAAGCUACCUUGCGUCAUUUGGAAGAUUUUGCCUCGGAAGGGUUAAGAACUUUAUGUAUUGCUUCGAAAAUUAUCCCUGAAGAGGAAUACGCUUCAUGGCUGAAGAAGUAUCAUGAAGCGUCUAUCUCUUUAGAUAACAGAAGUGAUAAAUUAGAUGAAGUUGCCAAUUUGAUUGAAGGUGAAUUAUUUUUGCUUGGUGCCACAGCUAUUGAAGAUAAAUUGCAAGACGGUGUCCCUGAAACAAUCCACACCUUACAAGAUGCUGGAAUCAAGGUAUGGGUCCUUACUGGUGACAGACAAGAAACUGCCAUAAACAUUGGUAUGUCUUGUAAGCUACUUUCUGAAGACAUGAAUUUAUUAAUUAUCAAUGAAUCAAAUAAGCAGGACACGAAAUUGAAUUUGCAGGAGAAGUUAGAAGCAAUCCAUGAGCAUCAAUUUGAUGACCAGGAUGUCACUUUAGACAGUUCUUUGGCUUUAAUUAUCGAUGGUACGUCCUUAGCUUACGCAUUAGAACCUGAAUUAGAAGAUUUAUUCAUUCAAUUGGGAACCAGAUGCAAGGCAGUUAUUUGCUGUCGUGUUUCGCCAUUGCAAAAGGCAUUGGUUGUAAAGAUGGUUAAGAGAAAGAAGAAGAAUUCCUUAUUGUUGGCAAUUGGUGAUGGAGCCAACGACGUUUCCAUGAUUCAAGCCGCACAUGUUGGAGUUGGAAUCAGUGGGAUGGAAGGUAUGCAAGCUGCAAGAAGUGCUGAUAUUUCCAUUGGUCAAUUCAAGUAUUUGAAGAAAUUGUUAUUGGUACAUGGGGCUUGGUCUUAUCAGAGAAUUUCUAAUGCCAUUUUGUACUCUUUCUACAAGAACAUUGCCUUGUACAUGACCCAAUUUUGGUUCGUUUUCACCAAUUGUUUUUCUGGUCAAUCUAUCAUGGAAUCGUGGACCUUGACGUUGUAUAAUGUUUUGUUUACAGUAUUUCCUCCGUUUGUUAUGGGAGUUUUUGAUCAGUUUGUGAGCGCCAGGUUGUUAGAUCGUUACCCACAAUUGUACCAAUUAGGUCAACAAAAGAAAUUCUUCAAUCAGAAGAUCUUUUGGGGAUGGGUUCUCAAUGGGUUUUACCAUUCGGGUUUGAUUUUCUUGUGCUCUUUCUUCAUUUAUCAUCAUGGGGAUGAACUUUCUGAUGCCUUGGUUGCAAACAAUUGGACAUGGGGUACCACAAUUUUCACUACAUGUACGUUGACUACCUUAGGUAAGGCAGGAUUGGUGGUCACUAUGUGGACCAAAUUUACCCUUUUCGCUAUUCCGGGAUCGUUCCUCUUCUGGUUGGUAUGGUUCCCAUUCUAUGCGACAGUUGCUCCAUUAGUCAAUGUUUCCAAGGAAUAUAUUGGUGUUUUGAAUACCACCUACACCUCGCUUACAUUCUGGGCAAUGGUAUUCGGGGUUGCUUCUUUAUGUUUGUUGAGAGACAUUGCAUGGAAAUUUUUUAAAAGGAGUUACAGCCCAGAACUGUAUCACUAUGUUCAAGAAAUGCAAAAGUACAACAUUCAAGAUUACAGACCUAGAAUGGAACAAUUUCAGAAGGCAAUUAGAAAAGUUAGACAAGUUCAAAGAAUUAAGAAACAAAGAGGGUUUGCAUUCUCGCAAGUUGAGAAUCAGGACCAGGAGAAGAUCGUUAGAUUGUAUGAUACGACUAAGAAGAGAGGGGCAUUUGGAGAGCUCUCAGAGGGGAUUUAA